CUAAAUAACGUACAAUUUUUUAAAUAGUAACAGUCUUCUGUGAAGAAUCAAAACCUAUUUUUCAUUAUAUUCCAUUAAAUAGAAUUGUGAGGGGAAAAAAAUUUGAAAAAUGAAAAUGUUUAUUUUUUUCAUUUUAUUACAAUUGAUUUCAAUUUACUCUGUAAAUUGUGAAGCAAGUGAUGAUCAUCCUAAAAAUACAUCGGAAUUUAUAAAAAAUGCGGGAUUCAAAGUGGAAACUCAUAAUGUGACCACAAAAGAUGGUUACAUUUUAACAAUGUUUCGAAUACCUGGUGCAAAGGGCGCGAAACCAAUAUUUCUUCAGCACGGUUUUCUUGGUAGUUCAAAUUCUUGGGUUAUCAAUGGAAACGCAUCUUUUGCUUUUCUUUUGUCGAAUGAAAAAUAUGAUAUCUGGAUGGGAAAUUUUCGAGGAAACAAUUAUUCUUCUUUGCAUGUGAAUAUGAGUAAGCAAGAUGAAAAAUAUUGGGAUUACAGCUUCAACGAAUUGGGUGUUUACGAUUUAUCAGCAAUGUUAAAUUACGUAACAAAAAAGACAAAACAGCAGAUAAUUUACAUCGGUUACUCAAUGGGAGUAACUUCAUUUCUUGUAAUGUCUUCUGAAAAACCAGAAAUGAAUAAAAAUAUACGCAUUGCAUUUCUACUUGGACCAGUGGCUUACAUGAAAAAUGUUGGAACUUUUUUCCAAAGAAAUUUUCUAUUACCACUUUUUAAAUUGAUUUUUAAUACUAAAUGGAUUGCUAAACAAAUUCUUGGAAAUGAAAAGUACGCAACUGGAAACAAAAAUUCGGAAUUUUCAGUUAAAACUGACAUUACUAUGUCUGUAGCGAGCUGCAAUAUAAAUCACUUUAAAGAGAUGUACGUAUCAGAAAUUGUAAGGGAAUUGGAAGGUGGAACUUCAGUUAGAAAUGUAAAGCACUUCUUACAAGAAUUGAGUAAUGGUGAUUUUCUCAAAUAUGACUUUGGUGAUAGUAAAAUGAAUUUGAAAGUCCAUAAAAGAAAUUCACCUCCAAUAUAUAAUUUAACAAGAAUCGAUAUUCCUGUUGUUCUUAUAUCCUCAAUUGACGAUCCACUAACACCGCCGGAGGACAUAGAAAUACUGGUGUCAAAAUUACCUCGUCUUUUUAAAAGUAUAGUAAUUAAAUAUGAAAAUUUUUGUCAUUUGGAUAUAGCUUGGGGCAAAUAUGCUGAGCAAUUUGUCUAUGAACCUUUGCUUGAAGCUUUAAAUGAAUUUGAAAAUAUAACAAAUAUUGAAACUUCAAAUUCAAAUAGUUCACCUGGAAAAAAGAAUUUAAUUAGCGUUUAUUGUGAAAAAAUUAAUGAAGCUAGUGAAUUGGGAAAUAUGAUUGAAAUGAUAGAGGAAGCAGGAUUUCCUGCUGAGGAACAUUCUGUCACUACACUUGAUGGUUUUAUAUUAAAAAUGUUUCGAAUUAGGGGUCCUCCAGGGUCAAAAACAAUAUUACUUCAGCAUGGUAUUUUUGCUACUUCCUAUUCUUGGGUUUUCACUCAAAACAACUCUCUUGCUUUUCUUUUGGCAAAUGAGAAAUAUGAUGUAUGGCUAGGCAAUUUUCGCGGAAAUAAUUAUUCUAGAGAAAAUGUUUACUUUAGUAGGAACGAAAAAAAUUACUGGGACUUCAGUUUUAAUGAAUUGGGUGUUCAUGAUCUGCCAACAAUGAUUGAUUACAUAACUGACUUUACAAAUCAACCCCUAAUUUACAUUGGCUAUUCAAUGGGUGCAACUUCAUUCCUUGUGAUGGCCUCUGAAAAACCAGAAAUGGCUUCAAAAAUACGUAUUGCGUUCUUAAUUGCGCCUGUAUUACUUUCAAAGUGCAGUGUGAAUUUUUUUCAGAAGCUGGCAUUGCCGAUUAUUAAAUUGCCUUUAUAUGCUACAUGGAUAUGGGAUGGAAUACUAGGGAAAUAUCAACAUGGAUCAGUUAGUAGAACUCCAAAAUUGGUUAAAUUAUCCCUCUCAAUAAUGAAAUGUGAUAAGAAUAAUAUUUUGAAAUUUUAUAGAGCAGCUGCUUUUAAGCAACUGAGCGGUCGAUGUUCGGCAAAAAAUCUCAAACAUUUCUUGCAACAACUGAGUAAUGACGAUUUUCGCAAAUUUGACUACGGAAAAGAAGAAAAUUUAAUACGUUAUCAUCAAAGUAAACCUCCAAAAUAUGAUUUGACAAAAAUAAAAAUUCCCAUUGUUCCUAUUUUUUCUAUGGGCGACAAGCUAACACCACUAGAGGACAUGAAAACACUGACAUCAAAAUUACCGAACGUUUAUAAAAUAAUGAAAAUAAGAGUGGAAACAUUUUGUCAUGUUGAUCUUAUCUGGGGUAAGAAUGCUCCGAAAAUUCUCAAUAAACCCUUGUUGGGUGUUUUAGAAAAAUUUGAAAGAAAUCAAGUUUCGAGACAUUAAGCAAGAAAUAUUUUACGAUUGGAAAAUUAAUGCACAGCAAGAUAUGCACAGCAAGAUCUUUUUUGAAAAAUGAAUUAUUUUCUUUUCCUUCGUUGACUGUUACAACAUUUAAUGUUAAUAAAAAAAAUUUAAUCAA